AUGAAUCCUCCAGCACUUUUGCAACGUGCACCUGAUAGUCGUUUCCAAAAGCAAGAUAAGGCCAUAGAGAACCUUGAGAGACAAAUGAGCCAAGUUGUGACUGUUCUUUCUCAAAGGGAACCGGGUAAACUCCCUAGCCAAAUCGAAAUUAAUCCUAAAGGAGUAAACCCUGAACAAGCAGCAGCCGUGACUUUUAGGAGUGGAAAGCAAGUUCUGGACAAGCCAAUGUUGAAUAACAAAGGAAAGAAUGAUGUGGUAGAGGAGGAGGACAAAAGGGACACAAUUCUCGGGCAAAAGGAGAUGGAAAAAAAUAUUGAGGAGAAGCAAACAACACACCAUCAGGUAACCAAUGCUUCAAAUUCAUAUAUUAUACCCAUUCGUUUCCCUCACAGGUUCAUGAAAACCAAGAAGGAGCAACACGAAAAAGAUAUCUUGGAUACCUUUCGUAAGGUCCAGGUAAACAUCCCUCUCUUGGAUGCAAUAAAACAUAUUCCCAAGUAUGCGAAAUUUCUUAAAGAGCUUUGCACUAACAAGAGGAGAUUUGAAGAACAUGAAACAGUAGCUCUGAGUGAGGAGGUGUCAGCUACGCUCCAACGUAAACUACCUCCCAAAUUGAAAGACCAUGGAAGCUUUACCAUACCGUCACUUGAUCUAGGUGAGCUCCAAGAGACUAGUGUGGCUAUUCAACUUGCGGAUAGAUCACUUAGACGACCAAGAGGUUUGUUGGAAGAUGUUUUGGUACGUGUGAAUGAAUUGAUCUUUCCAGCUGACUUCUUUGUGUUGGAGAUGGAAGAAGCUGUUAUGCCGGUCUCCUUACCCCUCAUACUUGGUCGGCCCUUCAGGAGAACUGCACGAACCAAGAUUGAUGUCUAUGAAGGAACCUUGUCCAUGGAAAUUCAAGGAGAAAAAAUUGGCUUUAGAAUUUUUGAAGCAAUGAGGUAUCCUUGUGAUGAUCAAUCUUGUUUUUCCAUUGAUACUUUUGAUUAUUUGGUGCAGGAUACAUUCAAUACAAGCAUGGGUGAUGACUCUUUAAAAAUUGUGCUAGAAUUGGGUUUAUUACCAUGCCAACAAUCAACCAUCACAAUGACCAACCAGGAAGCUAUUUGGUGUGAAGAAUUGGAGAAUUCAAUGGCUGCCCUUGAAGCUUUGCCACGGAUACAAGGUAAGUAUUAUUCUCCUUUUAUUUCUCUUCCAAUUUCUAAUGAAAAACUUGUUCCUUCUAUGAUUGAGGCACCCAAAUUGGAGCUUAAACAGCUAUCGGACCAUCUGUAA